AUCUGGGUCAUCAGUAAAAUCUUAUAAAUACAUCAAUGAUAUAAGUGAGUGCAAUUUUGUAAGAAUGGCACAUGGAAAUCUUAGUUGUCUCGCUGGGUUACUUAUUGUGCUGUCUGCGCAUGCGUAUAGCGGAGACGCGCUGACUGAGAUGCUGAAAGCUGGGCUGGGUAAUAUCGUCAAAGAAACCAUCAACAGUCCUGUCACAUAUGAAAAAGGAACAAUUCCUACAUGGUUGUCAGGUAACUUUAUUCGACACGCAUGUGGAACGUUUGGUGAGACAGAUCACAGAAACAAAAAUCUACCCAACUAUAUAGAACAUUUGUUUGACUGCUUCGAGAUGGGAAGCAAGUUCAAAAUAAACAACGGAAGGGUGACUUUUACAAACAGAUGGUACGAUACAACAGUGGAGGAUAUUUUCAACACAUAUCGCCGUCAAAUGAAUGCUUCUUCUAUGUUUGUCCAUUCAAUAUAUUCACAAAUGAAUGCCAACCAGAUCGACAAAUGGUUCGGGAAUAUGUCGGCCAAGAACAAAGUUAGUAAGAUACCAAAUGUUAGUUGGUGGUUGGUCGGUAAUCAAGCCAUUGCGAUGUCUGGACAACCGAUCGGUGUUAUAAUUGACCCCAAUGACGUCACACAAAAGGGCUACAUUCAGUAUGAUGAUAACAACCUAGGUGUUCCGGACACAACUCAGUACUUGUUUAGUAAUAAUCCAGCUCACGCACAAACAGAAGCAGAUGGCACUCUGUGGAGUACAGUUAGUGUUGUUAAGUUCGAGACCCAAUCUCACCUUAAAAUCAAACGCGUGGUUUACAAAAUAGGCCAUGACCUAGGACGCCAUGUUGUUGGAACAUUCAACUACGAGGACUCAAAUCUCACGAGAUGUAAAGGCACGAGACCAUAUCCAGACUUUGGUGCAAGAUUCGGAUACCUUCAUUCAAUUGCUAUGACAGAAAACUAUAUUAUCCUACCAGAAACAGCACUGAUGGAUGACCCUUGUGUAUUUACAAGGUAUGACAAGUACGAGCCUUUCUUACCACAAGGUUUCCAGUAUGAAUCGACAGGCUAUUCUAGACUUCUUGUGAUGAGAAAAUCUGACGGCCAGUUCAUAGCUAAUAUAACCAUGCCGCCAUUCUUUGCAACUCAUCAGCUGAAUGCCUUUGAAGAUGGUAACAUUAUCCAUAUGGACAUGCUGACGUAUAACGAUUCCUCUAUCUUUGACAAACAUAUGUUUGUGGAAAAUCUUCUCUCUGAGAAUGUUUACACGACAAACUUAUCCCGCAUAUCUAUAAGCAUUUCCGGGAAGACAGCGCGCAUGCGCAAUUUACGGGGUGACGGGAAGUCACCGUCUGCGUUUGAAAUGCCAACUAUUAACCAUGCAUACAAUGGGAAGAAAUAUGAAUAUGCGUACAUGACAAGAAACUUUGAUAGAAGGGAACAAAAUGCUAUUACAAAGUUGCAUGUUGAUACUGGCGUGGAACAAGAGUUUAUUCUACCAGAAGGGAUGUUUGUACAAGAUCCUCACUUUGUUUCUCGACAAGGGGCAAUAACUGAGGACGAUGGUGUAAUACUGGCCCAAGGCGUUGAUGGAAUCAAACAUAAAGCAUUCAUGAUAAUUGUCGACGCUAGAACAAUGAUGAUGAUUGCCCACGUGACUGCACCGGAUAUAGCACUGUUCGGACAACACAGCAGGUUCUUUCCCAUGACAGUUGGAAAACCUGACACAGGAAUUGAUGGCACUAUAGUGGGCUAGGACACAGUUUAGAUGAUAUUAUAAUAGUUGCAUUAUGCAGUUUGUCAUGAACUUGUAUGUGAUAAUUGAAUAUAACUUGAAAAUAAAA